GGGUCGUUUAUCCGUGGAACAAACUUUUAAACGCCAUACCUCGAUAAGUGUCACUCAGAUUCAGACGAAACAACCAUCAAAUAUUCGUCACAACGAAACGAAUUUAACAGGCUAUAGAUUGUUUGAUACGAUUAGUCGCUAUAACAAAACACUGUAG